UUGCGAGCUGUGCAUAGGCCACCCACAUAUACUUAGCCUCGCGAACCUCACAUCUCUUUCCCUUUCCUCUCAUCUCCGUCCUCUCACAUCCCCUGCAUUCGGACACUUCAUCAAAGCUACACUUCUGCUACACUGUGUGAUCACUGAGAACUCGAACUAUGGAUACAACUCCGAGAAACAUCGACUCUGAGCUAUCCAGUCCUCUGACUGUGCCCGCCUCAGAGCAUUCUGACUUGACUGUACCUGAAAUCUCAAUCAUGCAACCUAUGGAGGGCUCACAGCCAACCCUACCUUCUUCAGACCCUCAGAUUCUGAAUAUGCCAGUGCAAAUAUCAAACCCAAGUUCAUCAACUGCUGCAGGCCCAAGUGGUCUUCUGCUGGCAGAAGCAGUUCAAUUUUUAGCGAAAUUUCAAUCUGGAUUUUCUUUGGGGCUAUUGAGAACAUGUGUUAUUUUGAAGAAUACAAAUGCUGGGUAUAUUAUAUUUAGCAUUGAAGUGCUAUUGCUGCUUUGCUCAUGCUAUGUAAUCAAGAAAACUGCUGCACAAUAUCAUCAAACUUGUGCUGCAUGACAGCAGGGAGAAUAAAGAAGCACUGCAAUUGCACCACAUGAGCCUCAAUAUAGUGUCAUUGAUCGCUAAUAUUGAUGCAGAUUUAGUUCAAAUUCAAGGCAACAUUUCAGAGUUUUUCAUGCAAAUCCUGGCACAUCUUUCUCAGGAACUUCUGAAA